AUGAUCAGCUCGGUGUGUGUAUCCUCCUACCGCGGGCGUAAGUCUGGGAACAAGCCUCCGUCCAAAACAUGUCUGAAGGAAGAGAUGGCCAAGGGCGAGGCGUCGGAGAAGAUCAUUAUCAACGUGGGCGGCACGCGACAUGAGACCUACCGCAGCACCCUGCGGACCCUGCCUGGCACUCGCCUCGCCUGGCUGGCGGACCCCGACGGAGGGGGACGGCAGGAGCAGAAUGGAGGCGGCGGCCGUGCGGGGAGCAGCAGUAGUUGCGGCGGCAGCAGCAGCGAGUUUUUCUUUGACCGGCACCCAGGCGUCUUCGCCUACGUCCUCAACUACUACCGCACCGGCAAACUGCACUGCCCCGCCGACGUGUGCGGCCCGCUGUUCGAGGAGGAGCUCACUUUCUGGGGCAUUGAUGAGACAGACGUGGAGCCCUGCUGCUGGAUGACCUACCGCCAGCACCGAGAUGCUGAGGAGGCGCUGGACAUCUUCGAGAGCCCAGACGGCGGCCCCGCAGCCGGAGAGGAGGCCGGGGAAGACGAGCGGGAGCUGGCCCUGCAGAGGCUGGGCCCUCACGAGGGUGGCAGUGGAGCCGGCCCUGGGGGAGCAGGUGCCUGCAAAGGAUGGCAGCCUCGGAUGUGGGCGCUCUUUGAGGAUCCCUAUUCGUCUCGGGCUGCCAGGGUUGUGGCCUUUGCUUCUCUAUUUUUUAUCCUUGUCUCCAUCACCACUUUCUGCCUGGAGACGCAUGAGGCCUUCAACAUUGACCGCAAUGUGACGGAGAUCCAUCGAGUGGGAAACAUCACCAGUGUGCGCUUCCGGAGGGAGGUGGAGACAGAGCCCAUCCUGACCUACAUUGAGGGUGUCUGCGUCCUUUGGUUCACACUGGAAUUCCUGGUGAGAAUCAUCUGCUGCCCAGACACACUGGACUUUGUCAAGAAUCUGCUGAACAUUAUAGACUUUGUGGCCAUCCUCCCUUUCUAUCUGGAGGUGGGGCUAAGUGGACUUUCCUCCAAGGCAGCCCGGGACGUGCUGGGCUUCUUGCGUGUGGUCCGCUUUGUCCGAAUUCUACGUAUCUUCAAGCUCACCCGACACUUUGUGGGCCUUCGAGUCUUAGGCCAUACCCUCCGUGCCAGCACCAAUGAGUUUCUGUUGCUAAUCAUCUUCCUGGCCCUGGGAGUCCUCAUCUUUGCCACCAUGAUCUACUAUGCCGAGCGGAUUGGAGCCAAGCCAUCCGAUCCAAGAGGCAAUGACCACACUGACUUCAAAAACAUCCCCAUUGGCUUCUGGUGGGCUGUGGUCACCAUGACAACACUGGGCUAUGGAGACAUGUAUCCCAAGACAUGGUCAGGAAUGUUGGUAGGGGCGCUGUGUGCAUUGGCUGGAGUACUCACCAUUGCCAUGCCUGUCCCUGUCAUUGUCAACAAUUUUGGCAUGUACUACUCCCUCGCCAUGGCCAAGCAAAAGUUGCCUAAGAAGAGGAAGAAGCAUGUUCCCCGACCCCCCCAGCUCGAGUCACCAGCCUAUUGCAAGUCGGAGGAGACAUCACCCCGAGAUAGCAUCUUCAGCGACUCUAGCCCCCCAGUGGGGGAAGAAGGCGUGGUGGAGAGGAAACGGGCAGAUUCCAAGCAAAAUGGAGAUGCAAAUGUGGUCCUGUCAGAUGAGGAGGGGGCCUGCCUCACCCAGCCCCUGGCUUCAGCCACAGAGGAACGAAGGGCCAUGCGCCGUUCCAGCACCAGGGACAAGAACAAGAAAGCAGCCACCUGUUUUCUGCUCAGCGCUGGAGACUAUGCUUGUGCUGAUGGCAGUGUCCGAAAAGAUGAGGAAGCAGCCUCCUGGAGACAUGAAGUGCCUUGCCCCAGGUCACCAAGCUGGUUAAAAGAGAAAACCUAUUCUUCCUCUUAUGGUGAAGAGGCAGCGAACCAGUUGAGGACUCCUGCUGAACCUGGAAGUAGAGAGAUACUCCACAAGCAUAUGUCUGGCAGAGUCAUUCCUAUCAGUGACCAUAAAGCCACUGAGGCAUUGCUUGGAAGAGACUACACACUCAGAGACACCAGCAGAGAACAGCAUGAUGAUGUCAUCAGAAGACACUAG